AUGGCCACCCCUCUCAAGUCUUCAUUGUUGUCAAAUCUCUCUAACCAAAACAUGUCUGCUCAUCAAAGCCCACCACCGAGUCCCACCACCUCCGUCUCUUCUAAACACCAGCCAAAUAUUGUCGGCAAUCUAGACGGCACGUACACGCGAUUCCUUCAAUUCCCAUGCACGGCCGCUUCGCAAGGUGACGACGGCUACAGCCCAGUUCUCACCAAAGACAUGCCAUUAAACCCCGAGAAACAAACAUGGGUCCGUAUAUUCCUUCCCCGGCAAGCCCUUCACUCUUGUGCCCCUUCAAAACUCCCUCUCAUAGUCUACUUUCAUGGCGGAGGGUUUGUCUUUCUUAGUGCAGCUUCCACUGAUAUUCAUAAUUUUUGCUUAGACAUGGCUACCCAACUCUUCGCCGUUAUCGUCUCUGUCGAGUACCGCCUCGCUCCGGAACACCGACUCCCUGCGGCCUACGACGACGCCGUUGAAGCCUUGAAUUAUAUCAAGUCCACCCAAGAGAAGUGGUUAAGUGCAUGUGCCGAUUUUGAUAACUGUUUUCUCAUGGGCACUAGUGCAGGGGGUAACAUAGCUUACCAUGCAGGACUACGUGUGGCUGAAGAUUUUGAUGGGUUUAACCCGUUAAAAAUUAAAGGGUUGAUUUUGCACCACCCCUUUUUUGGAGGGUCCGAGAGGACCCAAUCCGAGCUGAGUUUGGCGAACGGACCUGUUUUGACCCUGUCAGGGACUGAUCUUAUGUGGAAGUUGUCUUUGCCUAUUGGUUCGGAUCGUGACCAUGAGUAUUCCAAUCCAAUGGUGGGUGGUGGAUCGGAGCAGUUGGAGCUGAUUCGGUCAAUGGGUUUUCGGAUCUUGGUGGCUGGUUGUUAUGGAGACUUGUUGAUUGACCGUCAAGUUGAGUUCACCAAGAUGUUGGAGAAGAAGGGAAUAAAGACCGUGGCAUAUCUUGAAGAGGGUUACCAUGCCAUAGAGCUAUCAGAGACAUCAAAAUCUAAGGAGCUGUUUGCUGUUAUUAAAGCUUUCAUUAAGUGA